AUGCUCAAGAUAUCACUAACGCGCCAGUGCUUAUCGCAUUUGGUGGUAGCGGUGAUUUUCUUUCAGCUUGGAGCCAUGACGACGACGACGACGACAACGACUACGACAUCAUCAUCUUCCACCACCAGCUGUCUUUCGUUAGGAACAAUGAAUAAUGCUGCUAGCAGAAGCGAGGAUUGGGAUUUGCAAUUGAAUCAAAGACGGAUACGCAAAUCUGAUGAUGGCCCGAAACGCGUGGGAUCUUCGCUGAGGCAUCAGCAAGGGAAAUCAUGGAAUAUGCAAACAUAUGGACGACCGACAAAAACUUAUUCUUCAACAUCCGAUAAUAAGUCUCAGCUGACGAAGGAGUUUGUUCACGGCAUGGCUUGGAUUCCAAGGGAAGAAUUCGUGAAAACGUUUGACACAGGGGUAGCGAUCGAUAACGCUGGAGCUGGAGCUCAAGGCAAAAACAGCAGUGUCUUGUUACUGUAUGCCAAUCAGAAGUCUUUGCCCAAUACGCAAGGUUUGUUGGACAAUCAAAAUCCUGGAACGGUGCCCUCCAAUCCACUCGAGGCGACUGAAAAUUGCAACGAGCUACAAGUAAUUCUUGCCUCUACCAAGCGAAAGAAUCGAUGCAUUGCCAUUAUGGAGAAUUGGGGUGGGUCACCGCACAUGUAUAGAUUUUUGCGUCAUGACGAUUCCAAACAGCUUCGAUUGGGUGGGCGAUUCUUUGAUCCUGCGGGUGGAGCAGCUCGAUGGCAGAAGCCUCCGCCUCGGCCAAUGACGCACAAUUUCUGGAAGCAAUUGGCAGACUUUUUGAUUCAUUACGACAAGACCUGGCAAGACUUGAAGCCGGUUGCUGAUAAAGUUGCUCUUGCGGGAGGAAGGGGCGAUCCAAGCGCCACAGAGGAUGGAAUUUCUAGGGGAGCAAUCACGGUCAUGGUAUCAAACUAUGGUCAUGCAAACUUGCUACUUAACUUUGUGUGUGCUGCCAAGAGCGUUGGCUUCAAUCUGGAUAAUGUACUUUUGUUCGCCAUGGAUGAGGAGACGUACGAGUUGGCGCAAAAGCUUGGUCUUGAAUCCUUUUAUCCCAAACACAUAUUCGAAGGAUACAUCCCAAAGAAGGAAUUGGAAAAGUACAGCUUUGGUGAUGGCAAGUUCGCCAAGAUCAUGAUGGGUAAAAUCUAUUCAGUUCAGCUCGUCAACGAUUUGGGAUAUGAUGUACUAUUUCAAGACUUGGACGUGGUUCCAUUGCGACCCGAUAUCAUGGAGUAUUUUUAUUCAGGACGAAAGGAUGCCGCAUAUGUGGACAUGUUCUUUCAGUACGACCGAAAUCACAACUCGGAACAAGCUCCAUACAGUGCCAAUUCGGGAUUCUAUUUUGUGAAGUACAAUCAAAAGACGAACUACUUCUUUAGCGUGCUGGCUCGGAUGGGUGAUCUGGUUUUGAAAACGGGAAGUCACCAGCAGGCCAUGUCCGUUCUCAUGGGAGAACACAUGGCGACACAUGGGCUCAAGGUCAAAGUAAUGGGAGGGGAAGGAGAAGAUUCACACCUAUUUCCAAAUGGCUGGCAUUUUCACCGGUCUAAGAAUGAGUACAUGAAGGAACUGAAGGACGGAAAGCAAACACCAUACAUUUUCCACAUGAAUUGGAAUAAUAAUGGAAAGGAAAAACAGGACUUGAUGAAGGAUUCUGGAUUUUGGUUUGUGGAAGACUCUUGUCCUGUUACCAAUCUUCCCUCGGAUAUCAAAACAUGUUGCAAGCGAUGA